GAUAUCAAACUUAAAGAACGAUAAUACAAAACUUCCCUUGUUUUUCGAAAUCAAAAGAUAAAUAAGUAUCUGCAUUCACCGCGAAAAGAGUGCUGUGGUAACUCGGAUCAAGUCUUUCUUGAUAAUUACCUACCCCUCCAUAGGUCCAAACUAUCUCCUGCGCAACGACAGACUUAUCAGCCGUCUCGAAUCUUUAGGAUUCUUUAUUUGGCAUUUUGAUUUUCGAAUUCUUUACUCAAUCUCGCAAUCCUCCCAUCUAUUUCCUACGACAAUGUCAUCCAGACUUCCCAGCGGCGGCGCACCUCGUCUUUCCACUGCACCCAGUAGUAGUACCAAACCACGACAGCUGUCUCAUCUACACGCACAACUCGCCCAACUUUCUGCCAACCUUGGUGAUCUUGAGAAUCUUCUACGAAAUACUAGUAUACAAGCUGAGUCUAUUCGAGGCUUGGGUGCUUAUCAUGGAGGACUAUUCAUGGCUGCAAGCAAAGUUCUAGGAGAAGAGACAAUCGCGGGGAGUGCACAGCAACAACAACAGGGACAGGGGCAAACAAAAGGAAACAGCAAUCGGGCAGCAGAGCGUAAGGAGGACUCGGACUCCGAUUUUUGAACGUACGUUUCGCCUACGAAUAGUCUAGGAGACAGGAGGCAUGUGGAUUCGGGUACGAGAGCAAAUAUUGAAACCUACACACACGCAGUAGGAUAUCAAACAGCCAGUUCCGGCAUGGGCAGAAAAUUGCCAUCCCAUUCAAGACUGCGAUUGCCAAUAGGGCUCUCGGCAUGCAUAUCUAUCUCUUCACGGCUCUAUGACACUCUAACUCACGAUCCUUCAUGAAAGACUGAGAUAGUAAUCUUAUCUCCGAAGCUCUCGUUUCUCAUGCUUCUCUCUAUCUUGCGUCGACCAAGGAACGUAAGAAGCAGAAGCAGAAGCAGAAGCAGAAGACGAAUCUCACUCUGGAGGGCUUGAAUCACCAACCUUUGUAGUAGAGAAAGGUUCGAGAAGAUUCAAACGAGUCAUCGUUAAUCGAUAUUGGCGAGUGAAUCGUUUGUUCAACGGGGAGGAUAAAAUUUAAAAUUAUCAAACUAAGCUCCCUAUAUCUCCCACCCUACCCUCAUUUCCCUAGCCCUUGUCUUUGCUCAUAACCAAUCAAUGGCUCAGCAAAUCCCUUAACUUAAUGACUUUUUCAAAAAGCUGGUCUAUUUCGAUUAUGAAGAUGUCAAUCGUUGAAUAUCGGCGCAAAAAAACAAAAGAUAAGCUCCCUCGCGUGGGGUCGAACCACGAACCUCUCGAUUUAUCUGUGCGAAUGAAUGGCUUCACUUAACAGUCGAACGCGCUAGCCAAUUGCGCCACGAGGGAUGUUUGAUGCUGAGCGAGCCGCAUAUUUUGUUAUAUAAAUCCAAGAAUUAAAAGGACCCACAUCAAUUCCAUCAGAAGGUGGGGGACGACAUGCACUGAAGACCGACAACCCACAGUUAUCCAAUCCAUGUUCGAUAUGGCAACCGGCCUCCAAAUAAUAUCUAUGAAAACGCGUCUGAAGAGAAUUUGGAUAUCCGCUGGCAAGAAUGUGUUUUUUCGUUCGAAGAAUAUGUGGGUUUGGAAUAAUGCAUAUACAAUGCUGUCGCUUUUAUUUGGGUAAAUGAGGGGAAAUUACAAGGUCUUUGCCAGCUUAUAUCGACAACCCCUAAAUGAUCAGAAAGUCUUAUUCAUGGAGCUUUCCUUCAUUCAGGUUGAUGGUACAUCUUGUCUUCAAAAAUUAGGGUUUGCAAGUUGGUAGAGAGCAGCUCCAAAAGACUCGUCCAGUUGGCGAUGCAGGUAACUGGGAUUUGGCUCGUAGUCAAGAGCUUCAUGCUCACCUUGAGUUUGGAAUCAAGAUCUGUGGCAUACUGUUUUGAAUACUGUCAAAAGACAUUACAAUCCUUUUCCAUGGUGAAGCGUCGUGACUUGCAAUGUAAAUGGCAAAGAAGUGUGAUAAUGAAGUUGUGUCAUUGUAACAUCAUCAACUUCAACUUUUUACUUUCAAUAAAUAUAGGCAGCAAGAGUUCUGCUUUUGACAGAGGUCAUAUGAAAGAUCUAUCCUCGCACUACUUGCUUCUGUGCCAUUUCCCCAAUGCAACUUUGUCCAGU